GCGUCGACAAUAUGCUAAUCAAGUUGGCUUAUGUUCGCGGAAAAUCCCCAUUACACUUGUAAUGCGGCAAGUACCUCCGGGUUUGAUUCAAGCAUUUUGGGAUGAUACAAGGAGGCAGUUUUCUAUUCCUAAUGAUCCCGAGAAGAAAAGGGUGUUUGUCUCUUUAUUAGGGGAAAGAUUCAGAGGCUUUAAGACCAAGUUGACUAAUCGGUGGAUCCAUAAGAAGAAGAAGGUGCAAACAAAGAAGAAGAAUGCCAAAGAGGAUAACCGUCUCCCGUGGAAAAUAUGGCCGACCGUGUCAAAAGAUGAUUGGGAAGAGUUCGUUAGAAUGAAGAGUCAAAAGAAAGCCAUUGAACUUCGAGAGCAAAAUCAAGCGAAUGCAGAAAAGAAGGAAUACGUCCAUCGUAUGGGUCCUAAGACUUUUGCUGAAAAGAGACCUGAGUGGGCCGCUUUGGGUUUAUACCCUAAAGCGCUUCUAGUGGCAUCGAAGGAACCCUCUAGUUCCACGAUCACUACCUUGGUGAGUCGUGCCGGUGAUUUCUUUUGUUCUCUCCAUUAGUUUGAUAAGA